UAUCACAACAUAAUUCCAGAAGCUAACUCACUUGUCAAUGAGAGGCCCAAACCCAAGCUCUAAUCACCCAACUCUUCAACUCUUGGAAAAAUGCAAAACCUUGGACACCCUAAAGCAAGUCCAUGCUCAUAUGAUCACAACCGGCCUCAUUUUUCACACCUACCCUCUCAGUAGAAUCCUCCUGAUCUCCUCCACCAUAGUCUUCACCCAUGCACUCUCCAUCUUUAACCAUAUCCCAAACCCAACCAUCUUCCUCUACAACACCCUCAUUUCCUCACUUGCCAACAUCAAGCCCCACACCCACAUCGCCUUCUCUCUCUAUUCUAGAGUUCUAACUCACACAACCCUUAAACCCAACGGCUUCACCUUCCCUUCUCUCUUCAAGGCUUGUGGAUCUCAGCCAUGGCUCCGCCAUGGUAGAGCCCUCCACACCCAUGUCUUGAAAUUCCUCGAGCCCACUUGUGACCCCUUUGUUCAAGCUGCCUUGCUCAAUUACUAUGCCAAGUGUGGCAAGGUGGGUGCCUGUAGAUAUCUUUUUAAUCAAAUCAGCAAACCAGAUUUGGCUUCUUGGAACUCCAUUUUAAGCGCUUAUGUGCAUAAUUCUGGUGCUAUUUGUGAGGACGUUAGUUUGUCAUUAGAGGUGUUGACUUUAUUCAUUGAGAUGCAAAAAUCUCUUAUCAAGGCUAAUGAAGUCACUCUGGUAGCUUUGAUUAGCGCCUGUGCUGAAUUGGGUGCACUCAGUCAAGGUGCAUGGGCACAUGUCUACGUAUUAAAGCACAAUCUUAAGCUAAAUCACUUUGUAGGGACUGCUUUAAUUGAUAUGUAUUCAAAAUGCGGGUGUCUGGAUUUAGCAUGUCAACUGUUUGAUCAAUUACCCCACAGGGACACGUUAUGUUACAAUGCGAUGAUCGGAGGGUUUGCAAUUCAUGGUUAUGGGCAUCAAGCACUUGAUCUUUUCAAGAAAAUGACACUUGAGGGUUUGGCUCCUGACGAUGUAACUCUAGUAGUCACAAUGUGUAGUUGCUCUCAUGUGGGAUUGGUGGAGGAAGGAUGCGAUGUUUUUGAGUCCAUGAAAGAGGUUUAUGGGGUUGAACCGAAACUAGAGCAUUAUGGAUGCCUUGUGGAUCUUCUAGGUCGAGCUGGGCGGCUCAGGGAAGCAGAGGAAAGGGUUCUGAAUAUGCCCAUGAAGCCAAAUGCUGUCAUAUGGAGGUCUUUACUCGGGGCAGCAAGGGUUCAUGGGAAUCUAGAGAUAGGAGAAGUUGUACUCAAACACUUGAUACAGUUAGAGCCAGAGACCAGUGGAAACUAUGUGCUCUUGUCUAAUAUGUACGCAAGCAUCAACAGAUGGGAUGAUGUGAAGAGAGUGAGGAAACUGAUGAAGGAUCAUGGCAUUAACAAAGUGCCUGGAAGCAGCUUGGUAGAGGUUGGCGGUGCCAUGCAUGAGUUCCUGAUGGGGGACAAGACACACCCACGUUCAAAAGAGAUUUACUUGAAGCUUGAAGAGAUGAGCAGACGGCUACACGAGUAUGGCCAUAAACCCAGAACCCUAGAAGUGUUGUUUGACAUUGAAGAGGAGGAGAAGGAAGAUGCCCUCUCUUAUCAUAGUGAAAGAUUAGCAAUUGCCUUUGCUCUCAUAGCAUCUCAUCACUGUGCUCCUAUUCGAAUCAUAAAGAACCUUAGGGUAUGUGGUGACUGCCAUACAAGUAGUAAGCUUAUUUCAAAGAUAUACGAAAGAGAAAUUAUCGUAAGAGAUCGGAAUCGGUUUCAUCAUUUCAAAGAAGGGGCUUGUUCUUGUUCGGAUUACUGGUAAACGCGUGCUUGCUUCAUAAUGUGAUUCUCAGGAUUGCAUAACAAAAUUAGACUUAUAAAGGUUUAGUGAAGUAUAAUUUAAUUGUCUUUUGGUAAUUCUGCAACAUGGGCUCUGUAUGAAGUUUUGGGGGCCUUUUUUAAAACCCCCCUGGUCAUAAUUCAGGCAGAAGAUAUUGCCAAUGGGUUGA